AUCCAAUCUAAAUAAAAUCCUCGUGUUUAACGGUGAGACUUUUCCGGUUUGCUGUUAAAAUACGGUUAUGGUAUAAAUUUCCGGUUUAAGCUGUAUACCUCUCACUCUGAUUCUGAAGUAAUGUUCCAAGAGUAGUCAGUAAUACGUAGAAAAGAAUCUCUCACCGACGACGACGAAGACCGUAGAGAAUCACUCACAUUGUGAGAGAGAAGAACAUUUGACUCAAGAAAAUUCGGAAAUUUCUUUUGUUUUGUCCUCUCAGGUGCAGUGAUGAAAUUACAAAACCCAGAUAAGAAAACCCUAAGAGAAGGCUUUAGUAAGGAAUCUAGUGUAGUGGCUUUAGAUUCUGGAGCUUUAGCUAUGAGUGGUUUCAAAUGCGAUGGGAAAUUUCCGGUGAAGGAGGUAUUAAUGGAAGAAGAAGACGAAGGUGGUGAUAAAGUGAGGAAGAUUGAAGUUUCUGGGGGAAAUAUAUCACUUGUUGUUGAUUUCAGUGGAACUAGGACUAGUUCUAACAAUUUCUUUGAGUCUAAUGGUAGUUGUGUGAAUGAGAAUCUGGUUAAAGGAAAUGGGUGCAGAGAAGAUGAAACUCAGGAGUUUCUUGUUGGGAAUCUUGUGUGGGUGAUGACUAAAUACAAGAAAUGGUGGCCAGGAGAAGUGGUUGAUUUUAAAGCUGAUGCAAAGGAGAGUUUUAUGGUUAGAUAUAUUGGUCAGAGCCAUCUUGUUUCGUGGUUCGCACCUUUGAAGUUGAAGCCUUUCAAAGAGAGCUUUGAGCAAGUGUUGAAUCAAAGAAACGAUAAAGGGUUUUUUGAUGCGGUAGAGAAAGCUAUGUCAUUGUUGAGAAACUCGUUGAAACUUGAUAUGACUUGUUCUUGCAUUGCUGAUGGGAAUGGAAUAGUGCCAGCACAAAAUGUAACAACUCGGAAGAACAAGCCUUUGAUACUGCGUGAAUUCUCGGUAGAUCGGUUGGAACCAAAAGAGUUUGUCACCCAGCUGAAGAAUAUUGCGAAAUGUGUUUUGAAUGCUGGGGUACUUGAGUCGACAGUUAUGCAGAGUCGGUUAUCGGCUUUUUAUACUCUCUUUGGGCAUAAGCAGAUACCAAUGGGCCAACUACAUGAAAAUGAGGGUAGGAAAAGUUUCACUGCGAAGAUGAAUGACAGUCAGUUCAUUGGUUCUCCAUCCAUUGCUGCAGGUAAUAGCAGGAAGAGGUUUCGGAAAGAAUGGUUUAGGAAAUUUGUAAGCGAGGUUGAUAAUGUAUCUGCGAGAGACGAUCUAGUAAAUGUGCCUCCUUCUGAUUUGAUAUCUAAACUAAAGCUGCUUGCUGUGGACUCCAAUUGUUCAGAAGAGACUGAAAAUAUUGGUCUCUUUGAGUGGUUCUUCUCCAAAUUCAGAAUUUCUGUGUAUCAUGAUGAAAAUGCUUACAAGAUGCAAUUGGCUAACAUGGCUGGUUUCAAGGAUUUGAUGUUAGCUACAAAUGCAAAUCGUGGUACUGUUCAGAAAACCUCAAAGUCAAAGAAAAUAGGGAAGUCAAAGAUUGAGCCUCUCAACAGUGUUUCAGUUGUUGAUACUGAGCAGAAGACCUUCGAGUUGCAGAUAUCAGAGAAGUUAAAGAUCGAAUCCCUUAAUGGUGUUUCAACUCCAAAUAUUGAGCACGAGGCCUCCAAGUCAAAUAAUUCAUGGAAGACAAAGAUCAAUCAUAUCAUUGGUCACUCAAAUUUUUCUAAUUCUGUUGCAAAUGAGCAGUUGGGGAUAGAUUUUCAAGACAAACUGUUGGUACAAGCUCCAGACGGGAAAGCUACUACGGCAGAUACACUCAACAGACCUGCUGUUACACUUGUACCGGACCUGAACAGCGGAGGCGAUGCUUUGGGUACUGCAGAAUUUGACCAGAUGCAAAGACCUGAGACUUUAAUUCAGCAUAAUGUCUGCCCACAAGAGGAGAAGACACCAAGAUCUACGAUGCUUAACUUUCAGGUGACAGCUCCGUGUUCAACCUACGGAGUCUCAGGAACUCAGUUUGUUUCUAGCCAGCCAACUUCGUUCAAACACUUCACGAGUGCAGACCUUUUCACUAGUUCAGGGAAGAAAAAGAGAGGAAGGAAGAGGAAGAAUGCAGAAGAGCUUCCAAUAGUUGCACAAGCCACUAGUGGGAUACCUGACUUAAAUGGAAUAAAUACAGAGCCAACUUUGGUUCUGCCUCAAGUUGAGCCUACUCAGCGCAGAAAACAUCGGAAGAAAGAGGAGUCACCUAAUGGAUUAACCAGAGGAAUCACAAUUCUCUUCUUGAAAUUUUCCUCCCAAGUGUCAAUGCCUUCAAGGGACGACCUAACCUCAACAUUCUCUGCGUUUGGCCCGUUGGAUUCUUCCGAAACACACGUUUCAGAAGAAUUUAGUGGUGCGCAAGUCGCCUUUGUGAGUAGUGCCGACGCGAUAGAAGCAGUUAAAAGCUUAGAGAAAGCUAACCCAUUUGGUGAAACCUUAGUGAAUUUUAGGUUACAGCAGAAACUGAUAACCGUUCAAAGGAACAUUGCCCCCCGAAGGCCGGUAAUCUCACAUGUUAGUCCAAUUCCGAAACCGAACAAUAUACCAACGAGUGUGGAUUCAAUGAGGCAGAAUCUGUUGAUGAUGACAGCAAUGCUGGAGAAAUCCGGGGAUAGUUUAUCAAGAGAGACAAAGGCAAAACUGAAAAGCGAGAUCACGGGGCUUCUGGAAAAGGUUAGUUCUAUGCCGAGCUCUUCUUCUUCCUGAACAAUCCCUAACAUACAUCAAUGCGACCAUCUCAUGAUUUCUAAUGUACCAUGUGUUGUAACUUAUGUAUCCCAUCUUAUGAAUUGGGUUCUUGUGUUUUCAGUCUUUAGUUUGACUGUAGUUCUAGAAUAAGAUUAGAUAAGAGAAGAUGUCGGCAAUAUUCUAAUAACAUUUUCAGCUUUUUCCUUGAUAGCUCGAAGCUCUCUAGUUUAUAAUCUCCACCCUUCAGGGGCAGUUCUUGCCUAGUUUAAUAUUUCCAACAAGAUCUGAAGUAUUUCCUUUGUACACAUAAAUGUUUACUUUAGUUUU